CCAUCCACAAGCUUUUCUCCAAGCAUCAAACAUUAGUUUCAAUUCUAAACAAAUCAAUUAGUUUCCCUUAUGGCAAGUACAAGCAGAACCUCAUCGCUACAAGUUCAGCCUCCCAGAUAUGGGAAUCUUAUAACUGUUCUUAGCAUAGACGGCGGAGGAAUUAGGGGAAUCAUCCCUGGAGUUCUUCUUACUUACCUUGAAUCUCAACUUCAGGAACUAGAUGGUGAAGAUGCAAGGCUUGCAGAUUACUUCGACGUGAUUGCUGGGACAAGCACGGGUGGUCUAAUUACGGCCAUGUUAGCAGCACCCGACGAAAACAACAGGCCGCUAUUCGCUGCCAAAGACAUCGUGCCUUUCUACCUUGAUAACUGCCCUAAAAUAUUCCCACAAUCAAGGGGAUUGUGUGCCUCAGUUACAGAUCUGGUUAAAGCUCUAAUAGGACCAAAGUACGAUGGGAAGUAUCGGCACAAGCUAAUAAGAAAUAUAGUAGGGGACAAAAGAUUGAGCCAGACAUUGACAAACGUGGUUAUUCCAACUUUCGAUAUCAAGAAACUACUUCCUGUCAUCUUUUCCUCCUAUCAGGUGACAAGCGAUCCAGUCAAGAAUGCUCAACUUUCAGACAUUUGCAUCGGAACCUCAGCAGCGCCUACUUACUUUCCUGCCUACUAUUUUGAGAACCAUCAACAAGGAAAAACCGAAGAAUUUAACCUCAUUGAUGGUGGCGUAGCCGCUAAUAAUCCGGCUUUGGUUGCCAUUAGUGAAGUGACAAAACAAAUUAUGAGAAAGAAUCCAGAUUUCUCGGAGGUUCAGCCCAUGGAACUAUACAAACGGUUUCUACUAAUCACGUUGGGGACGGGUUCAAACAGGAUUGAACUGAAAUACAGUGCUAAGAUGGCUUCCAAGUGGGGGAUUCUGAGCUGGUUAUACGAUGAUGGCUCUUCUCCUUUACUGAAUUGUUAUAAUAAAGCAAGUUCGGAAAUGGUUGAUUACCACAACUGUGUGGUUUUCCAAGCUCUUCAAUCUGAAAACAACUACCUCAGGAUUGAUGAGGACACACUAACGGGAAAUUUAUCUUCAGUGGAUAAAGCUACAAACGAGAACUUGGAAAAUCUAAUGGAAGUUGGAAAGCAAUUGCUUAAGAAACAAGUUUCACGUGUGAAUGUGGAUACAGGUCUAUAUGAACCAGUUGAAAAUGAGAGCACCAAUGAAGAAGCACUUCAAAGGUUUGCUAAAUUACUUUCGGAUGAAAAGAAAUACAGGGAGUCGAAAUCACCAAGGCCAAAGACAAAGUAAUAGUGGAGACUCUGCGGUUGAAACUAUUGUAAUUUGUAAAUAAACUUUACAAAAUCAUAUUUACCACAGAGACUUGGUCGGAAGAAUUCCUAAUAUUGAUAAUGCACUUUCCACAGCUUUUUCUAAAAAUUCCUUAUGUUUGC